AGUGAUAAAUGAUAAUUCUAGAAUGUCAUUUGUUAAAUUUCACUAGAGUUUACAAUGUUCGAGUUGUUAUAAAACAAAGUGAAAUAUUAAAAAAAAAAAAUAUGUUUGAGAAAAUUGAAAUAUUUGAUAGCGAUAAUAAAUGUAUAGAUGUUAUUACAGAAGGAUUGAAUAAAAAAUGCCGUACAUGCAUUAAAAAUGAUGGAGUUAUCAAUGUGUUUACGUCUAAACACAAGGAAAUUUCAUUAAAUGAAAUGUUUGAUAUGUUUUCAUUGGCGGCAGUAAAUGUUUUCGAUGGACUACCUCAAAAAAUAUGUGUAAAAUGCGCAAAGACGCUCGUCGAAUUUUACUCCUUCAAAUUACAAACAGAAGAGGUGCAAUUAAUGCUGCAAAUAGCUGUCGGGCAACUUUCUUUACCAAGUUUUCCAAAACUAUUGGAUACAUCGACAGAAGAAAAUAACUCUCAACAUAAUAAAAGUGAUGUAAAUAAUUUUACAACAUAUAAUUGCAAUGAAGUAGAAGAAAUGGAAAAUAGAGAAGAAAAAAUAGAAAUAAUUUCUGAUGAUGAUAUCGUUGAUAUAGAUACUAAAGAUGACAUUUUUACAAAAGUGGACCCAUCGGGUUCUAAUAGAAAAAAUAGUAGCGAAAAUAAUAAAUAUUCAAAUCAAGUUUAUACUUGUUCAGAUUGUCAACUGUCAUUUAAAGAAUAUGAGGAGUACGUAAGUCAUCGAAUAAAAGUGAUCGAAAAACAAAAUAAGGAAAGAAACUUGAAAAACGAAGUCGUCGAGGAAAAUGUCGAAGCAGUGGAUAGUAAACUUGAUAUUCCUCCGACUGAGUUAACAGUGAAUAAAAUAGAAGAUUGUUUUCUAGAACAUGAUUAUUCCAAACUUUCCAUACCCCGAGAUGAUCUCCAAUCGAAUAAAUCGAAGUUGAGAUCCAAAUGUGUUGUUUGCAAUCUCGAAUUCGAAACAACCGCCGAUUACCUCAAACAUAAACGCGAAAACUUCAGAAGACACUCGACACCGUGUACAUUAUGUAACAAAAGAAUAUCGACAAAUAAAAUUGAACAACACCAACAACUCCACGCCAAAACAAAAUGUCGAAUGUCGACAAUGUCGAUCGAUCCCGAAACCGGCGAAUGCACUUGCAGCGUUUGCAAAGUGAAAUUCGAUUCCAGAUUGAGAUAUUUGUUACACAAAAGAUGUAAAACCAAGCGAGACACUUCAACAAUAAUGAAACCGAAAAAGAAACAUCCCUGUCCGAUAUGCGGGGUGCAGUACGGCUCCUCCAUACUCAACGAUCACAUCAACACCCACACGCAAGAACAACCUUACAUGUGCGAAAUUUGCGGAAAAAAAUUUAGAUUCAAAUCGAAUUUCCAUUCCCACAAACACGUGCAAUGUCUGUGCGAUUUAUGCGGCGCAAUAAUAAAUUCACCGAACGGAUUGAGGAAACACAUCAAGAUGAAACAUUCGAUCGCUUCGUACGCUUGUGAUACGUGCGAUAAGAUGUUUAACAACAAGAGCCAAUUGGAGGUUCACAGAAGGGCUCAUACCGGGGAAAGACCCUAUUUGUGUACGAUUUGCGGUAAGAUGUUUACCCAAAUAACGCAUUUGAAGACCCACACGAAAGGAGUACACAGUCGAGACAAACCCUUCUAUUGCUCGAAAUGUAAAAGAUACGUAGACGGCGAGGAGCACAAGUGCAACGGGAAAUUCGAUUUGUACAAAAAAUGUGCAACUUGCAACGGUUUCGUUGUAGAUAUGGAAAAACACGUGGAGCUGCAUCGCGACGGUUACGAAUACAUAUGCGGUUUUUGUAAUCAGACUUUUAGCGAAAAAGCGAAAUUGAAAUCCCACAAAACCGCUCGAGUAUGUAGACGUAAAUACGAAUUUAGUUGCGAUGUGUGCUGUAAACGAUUUCAUUCGAAAUCUCUACUCAAAAUCCACACUCGAUCUCACACCGGCGAGAGACCGUACAAAUGCGAUACGUGCGGUAAACGGUUCCUUCAAUUCGCUCAUCUGCAUUAUCAUUUGAAAUUACAUACGGGGGAGAAACAUUACGAAUGUCCUUAUUGCGGUAAAAGAUUCGUUUUGAACGGAAAUCUCACUCAGCACAUUAGAUUGCAUACGGGGGAAAAACCGCACGUUUGCGAUUAUUGCCUUAAAGGAUUCCCCACAUCUUCGUCUAUGAAAAAACAUCGAUUGAUUCAUUCGAAAUAUAAAACUUGAUGAUACGAAAAUAACUAAAAAUAGACGAUGUUUUUUAUAAAAAAAUUUUAAUCAACCGUUUGUUGAAAGUUUAUAAAUAUAUUGUUAUAUGUUUUCUUGUAAAAA